AUGUUUUCGCCAUUUGGGAGAGAUGCGAGCCUGAUCGGAAGAGAGCCAGAGCAAAAUAGAAACUACUGGCGAGCAGCAAUUGACAUUUGCGAUGGCAAGGAAAGACCGGAAAAAGUCAACAUUUCUAUUGACAAAUCGAAGGGAACAAUAACCGCCAGUGGCGAGCUGCCUUUGUCGGGAACGACAUUCAAAAAAGUAGUCUCUUUUCCGAAUAAUGUUCGAUCGGAAACAAUUCAAAGCACACUCCAGGGAAAAACGUUGACUUUGAGUGGAGAAACGGAUCCUACCAAGACUGAUGGAUUUUUAUCUGGGGGCUUUGGACGUGGAGGCUUUUCUGAUCCCUUCGAAAGCAACGCUUCUAAGAGUUUUAACGAUAUGGCGAAGAAUUUCUUUGGAAGCUCGUGGAAAGACUUUGACACGUCGUUUGAAAAUCAAGCUGGUCUAAUGGAACGACCCUCAAGAUUGGUUCUUUUUAAUUCCUUUCCUUUUUCGAAGAAAUUCGUUAAUUGA